AUGUUUGUUUGCGAUUCUGAGCCAGCUCAAGAAUCAUUUGCCUGCAAUGGCAAUCCCCCAGUGGCAAACGAUGGCGCAGAAAUCAAGAACCUGAAGAACAAUAACGGAAGCGAAAACAGAAGCCCCCAUCUCGGAGGUGGUGGAGAAGAAGACAACAGCUCACCGCUGCAGGAAAUCGAUGAACAUUACGUCUGCGACAUUGCCAUGAUGCGAAUUGGUGGGGAGGAGAGCCUACCGGUGACACACAAUGAGCCAGUGGAUGAAUCACCGCCGCUGGCCCACAAUGAAAGUACAAACAAUGAGAACGAGGUGGAGAUCGAUCGCCAGGAGGAGGAGCAGGCGGUCAGCGAGCUGGUGCGAUCGAGCAGUGCCGGUGCCCUUAUGGAGGCCGACAGCAAAAAUGGAGGCAGCAUGCGAGUGGUUUUUGGCAUCCUGGUGCGACUAGUUCUUCCACUGGCCAAUGGAGUAGCCAGGGGCAUCAAGGGCAUACGCGAUGUUCGAGUGCUGAGGGUUCUCCAGAAUCUGGCCUCCAGCCGGCAGGCUCUUACCAAUCUGGUGGCCUUUGCCGCCAACACUAUAUCACUGAAUCUUUCUUCGGUUCAGGUUUCCAAUCGCAUGGGGCCCCUUCUGAAGCUCCUGAAAAUGCGCAAAUCACAGGAUGGCCUUGAGAGUCUUCCCGACACAUUGAGUGCGCCCUCCACUCCCUGCACUCCCUGUCCAACCAGCAAUCCGAUGCAGGGUCCGCCCUUUUACACAGUUCGCUCGGACGCACCCAACUGUUGUACAAUAAACAUCCUGGCCGAACCGCCACCGGGUCAACCGAUCCGAGCAGAUAUUGUGCUCAUCCAUGGUCUGCAUGGAUCUUUGGUGAACACAUGGAAACAAGGACUCUGGCAGAACGAUCGCCAGCCGGUGGAGUUCGAAAGGCCACCACGUCCGCCAGUACGUCCGCCAAAACGACCUCGUCACUCCCGUAGUGCAGCGAUUCAUCCAGCUCCGCGGGAGAAGCGAGCAAAGUUUGCUUCCCUCAACCGAUUUAUGGACACACCAGAUGAUUCUCCAGUGCGGCAAAGGGCACGGCUCCAGAGGUCCAUGCCAAUGCAGCCGGAAGACUUCCAGAUCAAUGCUUCCGAUAGUGAUGAUAGCGACUAUGCUUAUGUGUGCGGAGAGCCUGAAGAAAUCCAGAUUUGCGAGGGCAUCGAGUACAGCUUUCCCACUUUUCGGCUCAGGAUGCAGGACAACAGCCGUUUGCUACAAGCAGAGUUGGAGUCCAUGCUGCAGGCCAAUGGCAAUGAGGAGGAGGGGACCAAUGGGAAGGAUAACCGCCCGCGUCCCGCUUCACCAGCCACGCCUCGUAAAGCCACCCGCAAGAGCAAGCCAUCUCCAAAUGAUCCAAACUACUCCAAGUGCUGGCCUGGGGAUUGGCUUCCACUCGAUUGUCCCGGCGUGCGGGUUAUUGCCGUAAACUACACCACUGAUCAGUACCUUUGGAGACCGCUGUGGAAAAGCAAGGAGCCGCGCUCCAGCUUGAUCCAAAGGUCUCGUGAGAUGGCCGAGCUGCUCAUUCAGCAUCGCGUUGGCCAUGGUCGUCCUAUUAUCUAUGUGGGCCACUCGAAGGGUGGACUCUUCAUCAAGCAACUGAUGGUCGACGCCUGGGAAAGCGGUCGUCCUGCGAUGACGCCGCUUUGGCGAUCUGCCCGUGGUUGCUUCUUUUACUCGGUGCCCCAUCGAGGAUCCCACUUGGCCAGCAUAAAGGCACCACUACUCUCCCGCUCCGUGGAGCUGCUAGAGAUUGAAAAAAAUAACAAGUACCUGCUGGAUUUACAUCGGAGAUUUGCGGGACUAUAUCAUCUGGGUCAUCUGAAGAUCGAGGUGUUUAGUUUCGUGGAGACCGCCUUGACACUCAUGUCAGUGCUGUAUCUUCGCAUUGUGGGAGUGGACUCAGCGGAUCCUGGAAUUGGAGACGUCUGCGGCAUUCGUCUGGAUCAUCGAGAGAUCUGCAAACCACGAGGACGGGAUUGUAUUUUGUACAAAGAACUGGUGAAAAUGAUUGAGAAGGUGUGCUGAGAACACGGCGAAAGUGGAAGACAUUAUAUGUUAGAAAGUAUACUGUAUGUAGGACCUGAUAUGUUUAAACCAUAAUGUGUAUAGAACCGACAAUUUGAUGAUAAUUACGCGUACCUAUAUGAGAUGCCACAGCAUCCAGCUGAGGCACACUAAAUGCUAGAGCGCCGCUUGUUAAUUUAAUAGUGCAUAGCAUAGGUGUUCAAUAUUCGCCUAUCCAUAGCUCAAGUUAGUUAUACACAUAUUAUGUUGCCUUUAGUUUAAGCUUAAAAAAACGAGCAGAUAUUUAUGCUCAGACAUGCCAUCUGGUGUCAAUGAUAUUUUGGAAUUUUUGUGAUCGAUUGUGAUCAUUUUUCUAGCACUUUGUUGUGAUGAUCCCCCAAACACUCGUGAAAACGUUAUUGAUAUUGUACCAUAUUUAGAGUUUGCUAGUUUCUAUGAAUCUAUCUAUCCAUUAAUCGAAACACACACCGCUGUAAAAUGUUACCAACGAAGACACAAUUGAUACAUAUUUGAAUUUCCAGACAAUUAAUUAAUCGAUGUUUUAUACCUAUUUGUUAAGGAUUUAAUUACUAAAACCAAUAAAUUAUCUUUUAUAAAAAUCCAAA